AUGCUGGUGCUCAACUGUUCUAUCAAAUUACUGACCCUGGAAAAAAUGCUGAAGAGUCACUUCCCUGAAUCACUCAAGGUUUAUGGAGCAGUGAUGAACAUGAAUCGUGGGAAUCCCUUUCAAAAGGAAGUGGUAGUGGAUUCAUGGCCAGACUUCAAAGCUGUUAUCACCCGGAGACAGAAAGAGGCUGAGACAGAUAACCUGGACCAUUAUACUAAUGCCUAUGCUGUGUUCUACAAGGAUUUCAGGGCUUACCAACGGCUGUUGGAAGAACAUGAUGUUAUCAACUGGGAUCAAGUUUUUCAAAUACAAGGGCUGCAGAGUGAAUUAUGUGAUGUUUCCAAUGCUGUUGCCAACUCAAAGCAGUUAGGUGUAAAGUUAACUUCCUUCAAGGCUGUUCAAUUUUCUCCUCAUUCAGCUCUACCGGACACCAAUGCUCUAAAGGCUUCUUCACCACGACUAACUUACCUGAAUGUUGCUGAUGCUGAUCUACUCAAUAGGACUUGGUCACGGGGCGGCAAUGAACAGUGUCUCCGGUACAUCGUGAAACUCAUCUCUUGCUUCCCCAGUGUAUGUGUCCGUGAUGACAAGGGAAACCCGGUCUCUUGGUCUCUCACAGACCAGUUUGCCACCAUGUGCCAUGGCUAUACCCUGCCGGAGCAUCGCAGGAAAGGUUAUAGCCAGCUGGUGGCCCUCACACUGGCCAGGAAGUUGCAAAGCCGGGGAUUCCCCUGUCAGGGCAAUGUCCUGGAUGACAACACGGCAUCCAUAAGCCUCCUGAAGAAUGUCCGCGCUGAGUUCUUGCCUUGUCGCUUUCAUAGGCUUAUUCUCACCCCUGCAGCUUUCUCUGGCUAA